AAAUAAGACUCGAUGGAUGAAAACCGACCUAUUACAAGCAGGUCAUCGUUGCUCGGAAGAUCUCUCCGUCCUCCACAUCAAUGAAGCUCUCUCUCCUAGUAAUUGCAGUUUCUGUUGUGAUGAAUUUAGCCAUGGCCAGGCAACUAAGUCCAUCGCGUGGACGAGUAAAAUGGCCCGGCAUCCGGCUAGGUGAAGCGAUCGUUUCUCCGGAUAUUUUCCCAGAGCCCAUUGACGUCGACGAUAUGACGGAAGAGAAUUUAUUAAGAGCGUUAGUUAUCCCAACAGACGGUAGUGGCGGUGCACCUCUCGAAGAAUCUGAAAGGUUCGAUACAAGAGCCAACCGGAACGCUUCUUAUCACUUCCGGAGUGACGUCAGAGACGGAAUUAAAGGCGGGCAAUUACAUCGUGAAGAAACACGUCGAGGGGCACAGGUCAACGGAUCCUAUUCGUAUAGCGACGGCUUCGUCUUGCGAACUGUCGAGUACCAGGCGGAUGAAAACGGAUACCGAGUCAUCAAGGAAACGAUGAGGCGUAUUGGUAAUGGACCGAAAGAAAACACUGCCGGAAUCGCUAACGUUCAGACUGAGGCUCACGGACGGAAGAAUCGUUACACAAUCAGAGGGACCAACCUGACUGCACCAUCCAUUAGCGUAGCCGAAACUGCUCGAAUCAUAUCCAAGAGGCUUUAGAGAAUUGAAUUGAUUUUUUUUUGAAUUUUUAUUUUUUUUGAAUUUUUUUUUCCAAUGACGAAAUCAUAUUACAA